AUGUUGAUCCCUUUAGUUGAGGCCCCGGGGGCCUCGGGUGAGUUUCGGGUGGUCAACCGGACCAUUUCAUGCCUCGGAGAUGUUGCAGAAUUUGCAGGUUCAGCUGUUGCAGAGAAUUCCUCUUCGCGAUCGCGAAAGGGCUCUCGCGAUCGUGUAGAAGGUUUUGAGGGGGAAGUCCAGUUGUUUUUCGCGUUCGUGAAAGUUGGGUCGCGAUUGCAUAGAGUGGUUGCCCAAAAAUUGGAGUCACCAACACUAAAUGGUCUCUACAAAUUCACAAUUGUUGAGAUUGAGAAUGCUAUAAAUAACAUUGACAAGACUAAUAUGAGAAUAUCAAGAAAAUUGAUAGGGAAUGGAAGCAAAGGAGAGUUAUAUCAAGGGAUUUUACCAAGUGGACAGGUUGUGGCUAUUAAAGAAAUGCACAAAACAGAAGAUGCAAUGGGGUCUUUCAUUAAGGAAGUUGAAUAUCUCUCAAGAGCUAGGCAUCCAAGCAUUGUUUGUCUCUUAGGUUUUUGUAAUGAAGAUGGGAAACAGUUUUUGCUUAGCAGCAUACUUUUGAGUGAGACAUUGGAACCAAAACUAUGUGGUUUUGGGCAGGCAAAAAUGCUAGGGAUGCAUGAAAGCCAAGUAUUUGAAGAUAUUGUGGAAAAUGGAGUGUACACAGACCCUGAAUAUAAGAAUAGUGGGUUACUCACUUGUUCAACUGACAUUUAUAGCUUUGGAAUUAUCAUGCUGCAAGUCCUAUCUGGUCCAGGAAUUGCUCACUUUGGUCAAGAUGACAAAAACAUAUUGUUAACAAAGGCAAAGGAAAUAGGAAAGAUUCCAAUGACAGAGUUUGAAGAUCCAUGGCUGAAAGGGAAAGUUGUAAAUGACGAGGCAUUGAAAUCCAUUAUGCAAAUUGCACUACUUUGUGUGACUGAAACAAGCAAAGAGCGCCCAACAAUAGAACAAGUUUAUGAGGAACUGAACAAGGCUUGGAGCCUCACCAAUAUUGGUUAUCCUAUUAAUUAA